GACAUUUGACAUCUCUAUCUAAUAAAUACAUCAACCUCAAGCUGUUCUGGCUGUUCUUAUUGAUACUCUCACUCUAGGGAGUUCAUCGUUCUGUGCUUAUGAAUGAAUUCAGAUGAUGGCCUGAUAUCUUCAUGAGUUAGCAGAUCUGAAUCCAUAUCUUUCUCUACAAGUUGGAUGGCUACUGCAUCCCAUCGAGUCUGAACUGAAAUCAUGUUUCAUCAAUGCAGUAGGCCUGGAUACGAUGUAUCAAAGUCAUCGCAUACUUCACACUUUGCACGCAGCGCAUCGGAAUCACCAAUGUGCCGUCACCGGCCUCAGAUUCUUCCAGUUUCACGUUUCUUGCUGGUGAAGCUGGCGGUCAGACCUCCCCACCACGUCUUUGUCCACCAUCGCAUGUUUCGCCUUAUAUGGCAGCUUUUCACAUUACACUAAGGCUUGUGGUAGCGUCAUUCUCCAUUUUCGAUCUGCGGAACGCAGGGUGGUCUGAUUGAAGUACGUUUUUGUUUCCUCUAGAUACCUGGGUAGUCAGCCCUAUGAGAUGUGUCGACGCCGCUUAGACGAUAAUUGCCUCGGAUGCUAGAAGAUUCAAGCUAAUCUUCAUGACGGGAUUAAAAGGAGCUAUUGGGUUGCUGCCCCUGUUCGGUUCGCAUAGACAAGGUGUACCUCGCCCAUCAAUUCCGUCUCGGUUUUGUAAAAGUCCCAAUUGCAUAACAACUCCAGCUCAGUCGUCUGAAGAUUUGACUUUGUAAAACAACUAGGGAAUCCCAAAUUCGCAAUCAUACCUCAAUCGGAUUAAUCUGGAUAUUCGACUGAACUUGAGAAACAGCCAAUCGGAUACAAUGCUGCAAGUCUAAAUUGGGAGGUUUAAGAGCAGGCCAAAAGAAUUCGGACGCAAAACCAACUGGAGUACGUUCCAUAUGUUUUUCCAAGCUUCGACAUUGGUGCUCCACAUUGGCAUAUAUAUACAAUCUGUGGGGGAACAUCAACUCUCCUUUCAUCAAUCACUUUCUCUAAUCAUAUUCAUCUGAUCGCAACUUUGGUCGCUUUUUCAAAGUUGACAACACAUUCAUUUCAUACCUCAAAACAUUCUUUCCACGUUGAUCGUGUAAUACAUCUCCUUUAUUUUACGAUUUUUCACACGCAGGGCAUAACAUUCACUAUCUUUGAAUAGACCAAUCAAAUUUUAUUCCAAUUUAAAAACAUGAAGUUCACAGCAAUCUCGACUUUCCUUCUCGUGGGUCUUGCGUUUUCAGACAGUGCAUUAGGCUAUGCAUCUCCUCAUGUGCAUCGUCAUGUACAUCGUCGUGCACUAGAAGCACGUGCGAGUAAUAUUGCUCCAUCUCCAGAAAUUGCCAACUUGAAUAAUGCACCAGCACCCACCCCUCUAGCUCUUCUUCCUCGCCGGAACAACACCGAAAAUGGCGCCACUGCACCCAACAUUAACGCACAAUUAACCCUGACUGCCGUUCCCGCCAACACAACCACGGUCUUAGUCUCUUCGACCUCAACAGGUCCCGCACCAACCGGGACUGCAGCGGCGAUAGGAGGUAUUCAACCUCCAAAUGUCGAAACUACAACUGAUCCAGAUCGACCAUUUUCUGUAAACGGAAACACUUUCACGGAUAUUGAGGAUGCUGUUGAUAGGUCAUGUGCAAUUCAGCAUAAUGCUUGUGCGGAUGCAAUUAACAACGGGGAGUUGUCAGAUGUCGAUAUUAGUGAUUGCGAUGCCCAGCUUUCAAAAUGUGUUGCGGCUGGUUAAAGAUUGAAAAUUGAUUGGCUGAGGAGUGAAGUGUAGUGAAGUGGGUUGGGGGGGAUGUGGGAGUUUGUAAUAGUCGAGCUAUCACUAUUUAGUUUCCCUUCAAUAAUGACCAACAUAUCUCGGAUGCCAGUACAGCUGUGUUACUGAAUGUGGAUGUAUGCAUUAUGAAGCGUUCAACUGGAUCUGUACCUUUCGCUCGAAUUGUUUGGAAUGAGAAAUUAGUCGAGGAUUAUUUAAAUCGGAGAACCCGUUGAGCUUCUUCUCAUGUUCAUCGAAGAGGUCAUUAUUAUAAUCUGGGGAGGAAGUUACACAACAUCAUGUCUCUCUGAAGGCUCUUUCUGGAUUUGGAUACGAUCGUUCAAGGUCUGAACUGUAAUUAAGUGUUGCUGAGAGAUUGGUCGAUCAGAAUUCUGAGUUUGAUCA